AUGGCAGACCUCACUCUAGAUAUCUCGGAGAUCCAGAUAGUGGUUCAUUAUCCCGGAGACCCGGGAGGUUUCGAUUGGCAUCACAGGGUCCUGCUUCACCGGAUCGAGGGUGGACGAUGGAUCACCCUUACGCCCGAUCUGGAGCUUCAACGACAUGAUCUCUCGAUACAAAAUCACAGAGUGCUUGACCGGGCAGCCCCUUUCCCGGCUGACAUAGCUGCCUUGAUCUAUGCCCACGACCCCAUAGGUCGAGCUGCACUGUCCAACUUCAGGAGGCAGGCUCAGAUCCAGGCGUCCAUUCUUGGAGAGAGCGCCGUGAUUGACUCCGAGGCCUCCCAGUGGGUUGUGGCUGAGAGUACUCAUUCAGAUUUCGGCCGCACGGUGGACGCUGCCUUGCUUGCGAAUGAGGCUACAGGGCUGGCUUUCACAAUGAAGGGGGUCAUAAUCCUUGAAGGGGAAGAAGUCUUUGUCGAGCGAGUGAUGAUCAGCGAUUUGGAUGCUUGGAAAAGGAAGCGUGACCUGGAGGCCGCCGACGUGCGACUCCUAGGCGACCAUCGCGAUGCCAGUGGCAAGAAGGUCCUCGGUCUCCGCCAGGCCGUCCCCUUGAUGAAAUGCCCUAUGGAUCCUGAGUUCCCGAUCCAGGGCGCUCGGGCCGCUAAGGAGUUUCAUGAAGCAGUUUCCUUGACAACGGAGGGAUUCCUCACCUACCAUUCAGAAUGGGUCCGCUUGUCAGGGGCCAAUCGCAAGACCAGCUCGGUUCACAUUCACCGGGCCAUUUGCGAGGCGUUGAGGUUGAUGCACUCUUUCGAUCAGCUUGACGUUAGCGCCCUUGCAAUGGGCGAGCAUUUGACAAGGUGGGUGAUCCAGACCGAGCUUGCGGUGGAACGGAAUCCUGCUGCUCCAGAUUUCAGCGGGCUUGACAUCGUGAGUGGGACCGCUCAAUUACCUGACGGGAGGGCAGCGACCACCAAGUUCUCGGAGUGGGUCUCGGCACGCCUCAAAGAGCGGGGCGCGGCUAUCGAGGAGACGGAGACGAUGGCAGAGGCAAAGGAGACAGUGCGACGGCCGGAGCUGCUGCGGGCAGCUCUGGAGCGGAUGAUGGGAGACAUUUGGCGGAGGGUUGCCAUGUACGGAGAGUGUCCAGCUGAAGUGACUGAAGCUUCCUCUCUCGGUGACCUUUGCAGGCGAGCCAACCUGUACUCGCAGGAGGCCUGCCACCUUGUGGACACGGAUCUCGGGAAGAUCAAGAUUCUACGGCGGAGGCUCCAACCGCAGGACGCCAGAGACCUGGCUCCCCCCGAGACCAAGUGUUACCUGGACAAGUUCAACGUGUUGGUGGAGAGGACUCCGGAAGAGCUCGAGGGGCUCCGCGAUACCGGGAACCUGGUGGAGCCCUACUGGGAUCCCCGUCUUCGGCGAGAUCGGCUCCUUCGUCUGCAGCUUUACCGGGCCCUCUUCGAAGCGAACCUCCUGACCUUUCGUCGACGCCGCAAGGCAAGAGUUGGCUUCUUCACCGUGCGCAAGAAAGACACAGACCAACAGCGUCUCAUUAUUGAUGCGCGGCAAGCCAAUUCUUGUCACAGGCCUCCACCGACGACUCGCCUUGCGACGCCGGCGGGCAUGACAAACCUUGACCUUUCACCCGGGACUUUGGAAUCUGAUGGAUUUGGCGGCUACCUCGGCGAGGCCUGCGUGACGAGCGAAGCCGGUGAUGUGGGAGACUGCUUCUAUAAUUUUACCGUCCCUGCCCUGGCCGCGUGGUUCUGCACGGACGAUGACUUCGACCAGGCUGAGCUCGCGGACUUGGGCAUCCACGUGGACGCCGUCUAUGACGAUGAGGCUGACAAGGAGCUCCCUCUCCGGGCUCAUGAGCGCGUUUACGCCGCGUUCAAAGGCGUGCCCAUGGGAGAGCCGCCGCCUACCAGCUUGCUGGACGGAUUCAGUGGAGACUUCGCCACAUCGAGAGAUGGUUUGGCCCCGAUCUUCCUCGACCUCAUACCCGACAUGUUGUGCCUGCAAGCUCGGCUCCGAUUUGGGAACGUUUUGCGUCGACUGAGCCUGAUCUUUUACAUGAUCGACGUGAUUGCGGAGGACAUGGCACCCAGGGCUCGCAUUGCCGAGCCGACUGUUGGCACCUCGCCACUUCCUCGAACUUUUCUCUGGCACGGGGCGGCUGACAGCCGCUGUACAGCGGGGGUGCAUUUCAUCAUAGAAAAUCCUCAAACAAGUCGAUUGUGGGAGUUUGGUCCAAUUCGAGACAUCUUCCUUAACAAGCACGUCUGCUUCUUCACCUUCCACACGUGGGGUCAUGUUCAUGAACGACUGAAGGGGUCAGUGAUGUCGAUUGUGGAUGGAGCUACCGGGACUACAUCGCCGGAGACUGUUCUGAGUUUUCUCCAUGGCGUCGAGGCGGCGGCCCGUCGAGCUCACCGACCACAUGAUGCAGAUACCGACGAAGAUCUUCGAGCAGGUCACAAAGGUCAGGACAGCUACAAGUUCCUUCGAGGAGCCAAGCGGUACCUCCAAACGCAUCCGGUCAUCUUCGGCCACUUCACAGCCAAGGAUAUCGCCCGCCUCGCCGGCUACAAAAAGUUCGACGACGACCCCGAAAAGACGCGCAAAGCCCAGGACGACACCAGAGGGGGCAAGCCUUCCUCCACUCCUACGUCUUCGAGCUUUGAAGGUACACAGAAAACCCUGGACAGGUACUACAAGCAUGUCCGCGAGUUCGAGGCGUGGGCCCGAGCUCACGGACACCGGGAUGAUGAAGUCCAGCCCUCCAACGGUGCCUACGUGAUCUAUGGCCUGCAGCUGCUACGCAACAUAGGGCCCAAGCAGGAGAGUUCAUCCACGACCUCGGCUUCUUGGCAACAGCAGCGUGGCGACCUGGCCUUCGCCCUCAGCCUUCAGUAUGACACGUACCUGCGCCCCUCGGAAUUGCUUGGCCUCACCGUGGACCAUGUCGGAUAUCCUGCGGGAGAGCGAACCAAGCAAGGCACCUCCGACGACUCUGUCAUGAUCGCUGACAUGGCAGACCGUCGUUGGCUCUCCGAUGCAAUGGAACUUUACGUGGGCAAAUGCAAGCAUGAGCUCUUCCCUGGCGUCACGCUGAGCUUCUAUGAACGCUGGUGCGAAAAGAGCUGCAAGCAGCUAGGUUCCCGCUCUACUUGCAUUAUGCCGCACAUUCUUAGACACUCUGGAGCAUCCAACGAUAUGUUCCACAACAGACGGUCGCUCAAUGAGAUCCAGAAACGUGGCCGCUGGCAGGCACGCAAAAGUGUCACCCGUUAUGAGAAGCAUGCCUUGCUGCUCAAACGGUGGGAGCAAGCUUCGCCGAAGCGAGUGAACUCGAUUCGACGGCAAUCUCAGAGCUUUGGCCCAGCCCUCGUGUGCUAUCUGAAGUCUUCCGAGCGCUGA